GCGGAGAGUGAGUGAGUGAGAGAGAGAGAGAGAGAGCCAAGCUUCACUGCGUUCACAGCGCUCCGGUACCAUCCAGUUACCAAGACUGGGAUGUGAAGGAAGUCUGCUGCUUAAAGAGUUGGCGAAGGUGUGCCGAGCACUCAGAGAACAAUCAAAAUGUAUCCUGUCACAAAGAUUUUUAAUGAUCCAAUCCACGGACACAUUGAGAUGCAUCCGCUCCUCGUCCGGAUCAUCGACACACCACAGUUCCAGAGGCUUCGCUUCAUCAAGCAGCUGGGUGGGACGUACUUUGUGUUUCCUGGGGCUUCACACAACAGAUUUGAACACUCCAUAGGUGUGGGAUAUCUGGCAGGCCAGUUGGUAAAAGGCCUCAAAGAGCGGCAACAGGAACUAGAGAUUAACCAGGAGGAUGUGUUAUGUGUGCAGAUUGCAGGACUUUGCCACGAUCUGGGUCAUGGGCCAUUUUCCCACAUGUUUGAUAGAGUAUUUAUCCCUCGUGCUCGACCAGAUGUGAAAUGGAAGCACGAGGAUGCUUCAUUGUUGAUGUUUGAUCACUUGAUCUCAUGCAAUGGCCUGGAAGAUGAUUUCACGCGCCAUGGUCUAAAUUUAGAAGAUGACCUUAUAUUUAUCAAAGAGCAGAUCAGAGGCCCAAUAAUUGAGGCAAAGAACCAAGGGCAGGAUUCAGAGUGGCUAUACAAAGGCCGGCCCAGGGAGAAGGGUUUUCUAUAUGAGAUCGUCGCCAAUAAGAGAAAUGGGAUUGAUGUUGAUAAGUGGGAUUAUUUUGCCAGGGACUGCUAUCACCUGGGAAUCCGGAACAACUUUGACUCCACACGUUUCCUCAAGUUUGCUCGAGUUUGUGAGGCUGAUGGAACAAAGCUGAUUUGCACUCGAGAUAAGGAGGCUGGUGACCUGUAUGACAUGUUUCACACACGUUACACUAUGCAUCAUCGAGCCUAUCAGCAUUCUGUGGUCAACAACAUCGAGAGUAUGAUCACAGAGGCAUUGGUGCUGGCAGAUCCACAUAUCAAGAUAAACGGUACAAAUGGGAAGCUUUAUACAAUCUCCACAGCAAUUGAUGACAUGGAAGCUUAUACCAAACUGACAGAUAAUAUAUUUCAGCAGAUCCUGAAUUCGUCUGAAAGCAAACUGCAAGAGGCACGGGCAAUCCUCAACAAUAUCAUUUGCCGCAAGCUGUACAAACAUAUUGGACAUAUUCGUCCCGAAGAAGAAAUGGCAGUUAAAAAGGAAGAAAUCAAUAACCUGGCUGCUGAGGUGGCUGCCUCAUCCAAAGUUUCAGGUGUCCAAUUUGCUCCAGGAGAUUUCACAGUAAAGGUUGUUUCUUUGGACUAUGGGAUGAAGGAGCAAAAUCCCAUUGACAGUGUCUGGUUCUAUCACAAGGACAACCCCAACCAGGCAGUGAAAAUCUCUAAAGACCAGGUGUCUCGACUGUUGCCGGAGAGGUUUACAGAGCAGCUGAUCCAAGUGUACUGCAAGAAGACUGAUGAGCAGAGUGUGGAAGCGGCUAAGAAGCACUUUGACCAAUGGUGCAUCAACAGGAACUUUACUAAACCCAGGGAUGAUGCUAAUGCUGCUCCGAAGCACAGUCCCAAGCGAAAGCAGCUGUGACACUAAUGAUUCUAAUCCCAAAGAUGAGCCCUAGUUCCGUCACUAUGCCAGUGGUCAUGGGCCCAACGUGAAGCUUUCAAGUAGAGAGAAUGGGAAUUUCCUGUGAAACUGGGAGACCUGUAAUAGUGCUGCAUUCAUGUAGGGCCAAUAGGACACUUCAGUACACAGUAGACAGCUUGGAUCAUUUUUUCAUGUAAAAGAAGAAAAAUAAUCUUUAUACAAAUGAACUUAUCUCUAAGUGGAUAUAUAUCUAUCUAUUUUACCGCAUAGUGAAGGGAAAAGGCUGCUACUCAGGGUUUUAUAAUAAGUCGAAGAUAAGAACAGCUGUUUUUGCACUGUGUUUGUUCCUGAGUGACAGACACAAAUGGGGCUUGUCAUUUACCUCACUCCUGCUGAACUAAGAAAUAUAAUUACUAAUUAAUUAAUAUAAUUCAGUAUAUGGUGACGUUCUUUAUAGUGACUACAUUCAUAAGUCUAAGUGUGUGAAGGAGAAAAGAAUAGAAGGUUAUGCUUAUAGGAUUAGAUGAAGGAAACUUGUGUGGAGAAUAAACACCAGAACAAAGCAGUUGGGCCGAAUGGCCUGUUUCUGUCUGUAAAUUCUAUAUAAUUUCACUCCCCUCAUCACUGUCAAAUAAGUGUUGAAAAUCUUUUUAGUUGCAUUGGUAAAACAUGAUUUCAAAUGGGAGAAAGGAGGAAUGGUUCCUGUUGAGCAGCAGAUGCAUAACCUGUGCAUUCCAGUGACGACAGACCAGGUUUGAACACUAGAUUAGUGCAAGUGAUAAGAUUCUGUGACCUAGAACCGGGCCUGUUUUUGAGAAAUUGAGUGCAAUUUAUGUCUGUGUUUCCAGGUUGAAUUUAAGGAUUAAGUUUCCGCCCAAACUUAUUUGCAUAAUGUCAAAUGUAAAACUUCUGCAUCAGUCAGUGCAAAAUAAUCCGAUUCAAUUUAAAUUUAUUAAUGCGCAAAUUUUUUAAGCUGAGCAGUGUGUAUACUGAUUUCAAAAACUGUAUUCGUUAAUUGAUUGACUGGAAUUAGUUUUAAAUGAAUAAGGCAAAGUUUUAUGAGGAGUGCAUUUAUUUCUGGUCUCUCUUACCUCUACCUGUCCUCCUCGCUGUCAACAAUGGAGUUGAUAGAGAGCUGUUUGCCCUUUCCAAUAUCUUUGAAUCAUAACUUGCUUGAUGCACUUUACUGAAGCUUUUUAAUUAAUUGUGAGAGGUUUCAAUUUCGCACUUUCUUAAAGUUUAAAGUUUAAAGUUUAUAAGUUUUGAACAUUUUGUACAUUUUUGAACGUGUACUUCUCUGAAUAAAUUUUACCACACUUGUUUCUAAA